AUGUCUAAUGUACAGGGUAACGGAACUACACAGGCUCCUCCCGAUCCAAGCAUAGCCUUGAAGCCAUGUGAUUUUGACAGUGUCAAUACUCAUGUCAAGAAGAUCAAUGAGCUAGUCGGCUCCAUUUCUCCGACAGACAAUGUUACCAGAAACGAGCUUGCCGAGACCGCCCGGAAGUUGGUGAGGGCUCUAGAGACACCCCGGGAGACCAUGAUUAAGCACUGCUGGGCACAGCCUGCAGCCAUGACUGCCCUCACAACUGGGGUCGAGCUAGGAUUAUUCGAGGCCAUGGCCGCGGAUAACGGGAGCAGCAAGAAGACGGCAGACCUUGCUAAGACCGUCGGAGCCGAUCCCACCCUCGUCGCUCGAUUGCUCCGCCAUAUUGGUGCGAUGGGCUACGUCGAGGAAACCGAUAUUGACCAGUAUAAGCCAACAAACUUUACCAAAUCCCUGGUCAUCCCCAUCAUCAGCGCUGGCUACCCAGUCCUAUCCGGCGGUCUGCUCAGCGCAAAUAACUUAUUCCACGAAUACCAAAAGAAAGUCGGCUACAAGACACCCAACGAUCUCUCCGAUGGCCCCCUUCAAUAUGCGUAUAAGACGAAGCUUAACAUGUUCGAGCAUCUCCAAGCGAACCAACCCUAUGGCGAUCUAUUCAAUCUACACAUGGGCGGAUACCACCAAGGGCGAGCAAGUUGGAUGGACACUGGGUUCUACCCAGUACAAGAGAAGCUGAUCGAUGGAGCCGAUAAGGACGACAAGGCCCCCUUUAUAGUCGAUGUUGGUGGCUCCAUCGGACACGACAUUCAGGAGUUGCUAGAGAAGUAUCCUCACAUCCCCGGCCGUCUGGUUCUGCAAGAUCUACCAGCUGUGCUUGGACAGAUCAAGACCCUAGACAGCCGAAUCGAGCGCAUGGAGCACAAUUUCUUGACCGAGCAACCCGUCAAGGGUGCCAGGGCUUACUUCAUGCACUCCGUCCUGCACGACUGGCCGGAUGUUGAAUGCAGGAAGAUUCUAGCCCGUCUCACAGAGGCCAUGAAGCCAGGGUAUAGCAAGAUUCUCAUCAACGAGAACGUUAUCCCCCCACGCCACGCCCAAUGGGAGGCUACGGCUUUAGAUAUCCUAAUGAUGACCCUCCUUGCUUCGCGAGAGCGAACAGAGCAAGAUUGGCGUGAUUUGCUCGAGCCUGCUGGCUUGAAGAUCGUCAAGAUCUGGACCGUCCAGAACGGCGUCGAAAGUCUUAUUGAAUGUGAACUUGCUUGA